AUGCUUUUACACCAUGAUGCGUGUAUUAUGCCUCCCGAGGUUUUGGCUUGCAUGAAGUUGAUCAAGGAAGGGCAUUUGGAAAUGAUUGAUUGGGCAGGAUUGAUCUGGUGCACGUUGGACAAAGAGUUGAAAGCCUCACAGCUAGAGAACUGUUACUAUGCAUCGCAUUUGCAGCAUUUGAUUAAGACGCAGCAUGAGGAGUUGCUCAAAGAAGUCUCUAAGGUGAACAUUGAGGUGAUUAACGAAGAGAAGGAGUGGGAGUUGUUGAGGGAGCAUAAUAUUGAAUUGAGCCGGUGGCAAGAUGAUGUUGAAAUUUUUGAAGUGGAAAAGGAGCAGAGUUCAAAGGAAGAAGAAUUUGAGGAUGAGGAUGAUGAGUGCAUUCUUUUGGGGGGGAUGUCUCCAAGAAUUUCUUCGGUGGGAAUGCCUUCUGGAAGUCUCAUUCAGGCAAUGGGACCUGGGCAAACACCUUUUAGUUCUGGGAAUGGGCUGGGCGGCAAUUCUGAAGAUUUUUUCACCUAUGGAGAAGAUGCUCAAAUGGAUUCUGGACCGUCACUUUUUGGCAAUGGUCAUAAGAGAUAUGUUGGCCAGGAUAACCAUGACAAUCAGUCUCCAACUGUUAGGAACAAGAGACUGAGAAGUGAUAGCCUGUGGGGUGCUAAGCCGGUGGACUUCGACAUGUGUAUGGAGCACAUACAACGUUUGAUGGGAGAAGCUAGAAUGAUGUAUGUAACAAAGGCACAGGCUUGUGAAGAAUUUUACGUGGAACCAGCAACUCCUGCUUAA